UUGACUUGUGUCCCGGCGCUAUGGCCUCCGGGGUGGCUGCCGGGCGACAGGCGGAAGACGCGUUACCGACGGGGUCCGAGCCGCCUCUGCCCGAAUCAAAGCCAUUGCCGCCUCCUCAGCCGCCACCGCCAGUGGCGGCGCCCCAGCCGCCCCAGCCCCCCGCGCCGCAGCCUCAGUCAUCGACCGGCAUGAAGGAGGAGGAGAACCACUCCUUUUUACCUUUGGUUCACAACGUCAUCAAAUGCAUGGACAAGGACAGCCCAGAUGUCCACCAGGACCUGAACGCCCUAAAAACCAAGUUUCAGGAGAUGCGGAAGCUCAUCAGCACCAUGCCUGGCAUCCACCUGAGCCCUGAGCAGCAGCAGCAGCAGCUGCACAGUCUCCGAGAGCAAGUCAGGACCAAGAAUGAACUGCUACAGAAGUACAAGAGCCUCUGCAUGUUUGAGAUCCCCAAAGAAUAGAGGGAGGCCAUCUUCCAGGAAUGCCCAAGAUGCAGGAGGCAAAUGGUCUGCCCUGCACACUCCCUGGGUGUGUAGCAGCUAAGGACCAUAGCUCCGAACCAGAUAGCCGAGUGGGGCUUGUGGAGAGCCUCGGAGCUGAAAUUAGCCUUGUCUGUGUAGAGCACCCACCUCGAGCUUGUACUUAUCCAUAUGUCUGCUGCUGGAAUGAGAAUGUUCCUGAGGCUGGGGGGAGGGGGACUGCUAGAGAGGGGCCACCUGCUGUGCCUAGGCCCUACUGGCAGAUCAGAAGAACACAGUAGGAGUGGAGGCUGCUCCCUCUUCCUGACACAGCUCCUCCUACCCUGAUAAGAUCCAUGUGCUAGGUACAUAUUGUUCCCCAAGCAGCAAUUUCAUGAAUAUUUGCAUAGAAUUCACUGGGUGAAUUAGGCCUGCACUCAUAUGGCACAGAUUUAAUUUGAUUAAAGAAGCCUGUGAGAGAAUGAACAUUGUUUCGAAAAAAAACAGGGUGGGUGGGUUUUUUUCCCCCUCAAAUAGUAUGGUUCCAUUUAUGUUUGAGCCAAUGAAUGGAACUGUAUCCGUGGGGGUGUCAGCCCAGAGUUCCACUACACAGCCACUGACUCCAGGCUCUAUCCUUCCACAUUUGACUCUUGCUUCCUUUGUCUCCCCCACCCCCCUCACCCCCCAUUACCUCUGGUUAGUGCCCAACAAUAGCCAAACCACUACACCUGCAGCACUUCUCUGGCAUGGAGAGGACUCACCCUUCUUAAACAGGCUCAGGGAGUCUUUUAGGCAGGCAGCUUGCUCUGUUGUUUACACUGGCCUAGCUUAAACCAUUAUCUCUCCUCUAGUCCGCCCACGAGAGCCAGCCACAUUUGCUGCCCUGUAAACAAAUGGAUGGCUUCAAGUGGCAGUGGGAUCGUCCCACAGCCAGCAAUGACUGGAUGCUUCUGGAACUGUUCUGAAGAGUUAGAUGGGUUAGGCCUGGAGGUUCUGGCCCGGGCUCAGCCCCAUUAGUGUCCAGGUAGGCCUAUGACUGUCAGACUGAGGAGAGAGAGCAGUUCUUUCCCUGCAAGGUGAGAAGUAACCGAAUAGUGCUUGGAUUUAGAAAUGGGCACAAGCCCUGUGCUGACCACCAGUUCAGGGCUUAGCAGGUGCCUGUCACUGACCUUGUUGGCAGGAGUGCUGGCUGGAGAUGUUUUUAGGAGUUCCAGUGGCAUUAGCCUAUAGCCCACUGUCAGGAGGUGGCUGGGACAUUGGGACUGGAGUCUGUCUGUGUGUGUUGGGGCUGGGGGGAGGGUUGUGGGUAGGAAAUAUCAGGUUUCAGUGGCUUUAGCCAGAACAAACUCGAUUUAGACAGUUCUACAGCUCUACAUUGGGACUAUUACUUAACUGAAUCAGUUAUUUGAAAUUUCAUUCAGAGUAGUGGGUGGGCCAGUUGUAAGGCUCAGACCAAAUACCAUGAAGCAUAUAGAGAUACAAGAACUUCAGGAUCAUUUCUGCAAGGCCGGAAUGAGAAGUGUUCCUCACAGGACUAGAGGGAGAGGCAGCCUUCCAAUAUUCUCAUGUCUUCACUUGUGACAUUUUUUAAAAAUGUAUAAUUAAAAGAACUUAGGCUCUG